UGCAAACUCUGAAGUUGGCUAGUCUUUUGGGACCAGUACAGGGCUCCAGUCAUUAAAGCAGUGCUGCUUCCCCGACUCAGACCGAAGGCUUUGCUUGCCCUCUGAGCUGAGCUGAGCUGAGUUCAGCUCAGCCGCUGUGCAUAUCUGCAAUUAAACAAUUCGGGUCACGACGACGGGUACUGAAGCAUCAAGCCGACGAUAGGAGUCUUGUUCGUUGCGCCUGAUUGAUUGAGCCCAACAGCAACUCACUUUGCUUUAGGCACCAUCAACGCUUGAGACUCAUUGGUGCUCGGUGCUUGGGGCUUGUUCAAGCCGACCGCAGUUUGGAAUUUUGGAGAGAAGAGAAAUGGGAGGUAUGCUGUUGCUGGGAGUUACGGUGUGGACAGUGCUCCUGCUGUCUGCAGUUCACGUCUCUUCUGCAGGUGAAGCUCUGUCGGCUGUGGACAGUCUGCCCUGCAUUGGCAGUGGAUGUGGCGCUGAAACGGUCGAGUGGAGCAAUGUCCAACAGACAGCAGUAGUUACAGGACGUAAACUUCUCACUACUACGAAAGAACUGGACAUUAUUAAUACAGAAAAAUCUUUUGCCGAUCCCUCCAUCUACACUACAGAUGUUAUAUCAGGUACCACACGCCACCUCCUGGUAGCUCCCCCACCACCCAGGGUGGCACCUGUUGGACGCACACCUUGGGGAGUUGUGAAUCCCCCGUCCCCAACAAAGAAGACGAAAAAGCCCGUUAGUCCAGCUGUAUCCCCUGGAGCAUCCACCUAGCGGGUGCAGUAUAUUGAUAGAUACAGGUUCCUGAGCUGCAGGUCCUGUUUAAAUCCUUUUUAUAAGAGUCUUGUGGUAAGAAUCAGGACCAUCACCAUGUAACACCGUGGGCAUUGGCUUAAAGAAAGCCAUGAAUAAGAGGAAUAUAUAUCAACCUAAUAACGGUUUAUUAAAUGACACAAAAAGUGG